GAUAGUAUUGUCAUAUUACAAACACAUACAAACAUUUUAUAUUACUAAAUCGCACCUGUCAAAUCUAUACUGUGUUAUCAUUUAUAAUUUUUAUCUGGAUUUUCCACAAAAAUGGGUCUAUUUGGAAAGUCACAGGAGAAAAAUCCCAAAGAAAUGGUUCAAGAAUGGACAUCAAAAUUACGGAAAGAAGGUUAUCAAAUAGAUAGACAAGUUAGAGCAAUUCAGAGGGAAGAGGACAAAGUUAAACGAAGUAUGAAGGAAGCAGCUAAAAAGGGUGAUCGUGAUGUAUGUAAAAUUUUAGCCAAAGAAGUAAUUAGAGCACGUAAAACAUGUGGAAAAUUGCAUACAUCGAAAGCACAUUUAAAUUCUGUGUCAAUGCAAUUAAAAAAUCAAUUAGCAACAAUAAGAGUUGCUGGUUCUGUUUCAAAAUCAACUGAAGUAAUGCAAGCAAUGCAAGCACUUGUCAAAGUACCAGAAGUUGCAGCGACAAUGCGUGAAUUAUCCAAAGAAAUGAUGAAAGCAGGAAUUAUUGAAGAAAUGAUGGAUGAAACAAUGGAAUCAUUGGAAGAUUCCGAAGAAAUGGAGGAAGAAGCCGAUGAGGAAGUUGAUAAAAUUUUAUGGGAAAUUACUGCGGGUCAAAUGGGAAGAGCGCCAGCUGUUGUAACGGAUACAAUAGGUCCAUCAACAUCCAAAGAAGAAGAGGAGGAAGCCGGUAAAGAUAUCGACGAAAAAGAAUUAGAAGAAAUGAAAAGUCGAUUACAAAGUUUACGAAGUUAAGUUAAUUAUUUUUUUUUUUUUAUUUUUAAUUAUGUAAUAAUUAAAAAAUCGACUUUCUCAAGCUAAAAUUUUCAUUUGCAAUAAUGUGUUGAUCAAUCUAAAUAGGAUCUCAAAUUAGUAGAAACAAAAAAUAUAUAUAUAUUGCAAAUGUACAGAAAGUUAAUUUAUAUAAUUUAUUUCUUAUUGAAACACCAUAAUUAAAGUAUAUUAAUUAAUUACCGAGUAAAGAAUUUAAUUAUCUUCGUAUUAUAUAUAUAUAUAUUUUUUUUUUUUUUUGCUUAAAUAAUUUAUUUCACACUAGCUUUUUUUUGAAGUUGAGUGAAAAAUUUAAGUAUUUACCGAUUUACAUAAUACAGCACUAUAAGGAGAUAUUAAAUAAUAUUAAAAUUCAAAAACGCAUUAAAUUAAAAACAUAUGUUGUACAUAUGUUCGUGUAUAAUUUUUUAUUUAUAAAAAAUUAAUUUAGAGAUUUAAAAUCUUUUUUUUUUUUUGUUUUU